UAAACAUGCGCUUCAUUCAAUUUCAAUAAACAUCGACAAAAACCACAAGGAAACUACGAAUGGCGACAGCCAAGAAGACAACACUCUUGCACAAUUUGCACAAAAUAAUAAAACGCUUUCAUUCAAGGAUCGCAAAUCAAGCUAUUCACAUUUCAGUGUCAAUCACGAUGAAAAAGAGCCUUCCAAAUCAGUAAUGUUAAACGAAGAUGCUCAGACYAAAGAAGUCCAAUUUUCCAGGAAUUGGUGUCGCGUCCAACAAGCGCGCACUGACUGGAAAAAUGUUCUGAAACCUUGUGAGAAUCACACAAUUUGGGGASAGAAAUACUUUGAUAUCAGUCAAGCAACAAGUGCAGAAACUAGUUAUAUCUCUUGGUGGGAUAUUCGKCCGGCUGGGAGCUUCAGUCGAUUUCAUAUCCAAUCACUCACGGCUGAAAACGAAAGGAAAUCGAUUGGAGGCGAUUCUUGGCGAGUGCAUCUUCGUGGACCUUCAUCUAUCGGUCCGACGGUUUUUGAYUUGAACAAUGGGAGCUACGAAGUGUUAUUUCUGGUGAUGGAGCCAGGAAGAUAUAACGUCGAGAUGUGGCUGGAUUAUACUUUGUGUAAUGGACUUAAAGAUACCCCGCCGUUUUUCUUUAAGUCAGGRAAUCCACAAGGAAAGAACCACCCCGAUGGAAUUCUUGAUCAUGACAAGUCGUUCUUAAUUCAUAAGUUUCGACCUCAUGAUGCGCUGAUUUCAUUUCAAGUCAAACAAGAUGAAACCGGGUUUAAACCAUUUCCAAAUAAUGCCAACUGUUCGUGUCCUUCAUUAUUCUGGGAUGGACUGGGCCGAUGGGUUGGGCAUACUUGGAAGCCAUACAUUCAAGAUAAAAUCCGAACUAGACAAACCAAUGGCAAAGGCASCCUUAUCAUCUAUGGUGACUCAGUAGCCAAUCAUUUCCAAGAAGGAUUACUCAACGGACCAUAUAUGGGCAUGUGUKCCACCGCUUUUUCUCGCUGUCGAAGAGCUUAUCACUGGAUCUACAAUAUGGAGGGAUACUGGGGCGAGGACCAUAUAGAACCUCUGCCUGAUGGGAAGGAUUUUGAUCACAAUCGAGUGUUAAAUGACGUAAGAAAGGUGCUAUAUGAGCCUGCGAUGGAUAAAAACAGCGUAUUACUGCUAAACUGGGGAAUACAUUUUGCCGCAGCCGUCAGCUUCAAGGAUUACCGUCGUCUUAUUACGGAAUUUAUMCACAUAGUCAAAAACGGCGAAACUGAUCCGAAAACCGGCGAAUUUAAGAAAUUCAAAGGGCAGUUAUUAUGGAAAACAACAACAGCCAUCAAUAGAGACAGGUGGCCCAAUCCACAUCGAGACUCGCGUAGAUUUUUAACUUUCCCGCGCCUUUUGCUAUACAACGCAUUUGCUACGUCAGCAAUGUGCAAGGCUGGUAUUGACGUCAUAGAUGUCUAUCCAAUGAGCGACGCGUAUCCUGAAGGAACAUUGUCGAGAAGUGAUCCUGUACAUUAUGAGAAGAGCGUAUUUCGARCGGUGGAGAAACUGCUUUACGAUACGUUUUUACCUCYSAAGAACUUAAAAUGAUACCUACUUUACUCAUGUUGGGAUUUCAUUUACAUUGCAUAGGCUGUCUUCUUAUKGUGAAUUUUAUGGAGUGACYACUUUAUUAUUAUUAUCAUYAUUAUUACUAUUAGUAACUUUCAAAAKAAUAAAGUUCAAUUUUGUGGCCUAAUUUUCAAUGUCUUCUGGAAUAUCUAGGAUAGCAUGCUGCAAUGCGUAAAGAUGUACAUUUGCAAGUAAUGGCUCAGCAAUCUAGUAGAAAUCGUGCAGUUACCUGAUUGGCUGGAUUAAAGUCCAUUAUCUAUCAGUAAACAACCCUAUCUAUUGUAUUCAUGUAAUUUGAAACAGAAAGCACUUUUGUUUGGAUGUCAAUAACUACUUUAGACUCUUGACCGCCUGUUAACCUCGGCCAACGAACCAUGCAUGGAUCACGUUCAUCACAAGCAAGCCUUGGGAACGAAUCGUUUCCCAUAUUAAAAUGCAUGACUUCUUUAUGACUUCUUAGUACGUUUCCCUCAAUGUAUGUCCGAAUUGUCACUAAAACGCACAUGAAACUGURUCGRGAUACUUAAAAACGCAUUAUCAACGCAGGGAAUAAUCUAUUUUAUCAGGAAUUUUUGAAUUAAAAUAAUA